AUGGGAGGAAAGAACAAGCAGCCACCGAAGAAGGCUGCCGCCAAGACACCGGCUGCCCGAUCACCUCAGCCGAAAUCUCCCUCGCCUUGCGGGGAAGGCCUUCCGAGCGGCCCGAUUGCGCCAACUACGGAAAGGCCUCCUGCUCCGCCGAUCCCUACGGAGCAGGAUGACGCCAACAUGGGCGCCGAUGAAGCCCCAGUCCCGAUUCAGACACCGAGAGAUGAGUCUACUGGGGGUGGGAAGCGCUCCGAGGACGUUCCGAUAGGAUUGAGGAUGAAAGCAAUGAUGCUGAAGAUCGGGGUCCAAGAGAUCCCACAGGCCUCAAUCUGGCAGCGCCUUGAACAGCUGGCAUGCAACUCUGGUUUCGACCAAAAGCUGCAUCAGCUAGUUGACUCCUUCCUCCUCUCUAAUCAUCCGCUUGCGGAUAAGCAGAGGAAGCAGUACCCCCGAGAGUUUAUGGACUUCAUCGACCGAUACAGGGUGAUGUGCGCUCUUGCAUUUUCCCGAGUGGCAACGUUGUCUGGUGAUGCCGCAGGGGUCCGCGAGAAAAUGGACCUUACGAUGGCACUGGCUCGCCACUGUAUGCACUUCCAAGCGCAAACCUUUAAGGGGUCUCGAGAGACACUGAGCAACGAUACGCUCCGUCUCAUGGGAACCUGUUACAUUCCGUCGCCUCUUGCGAGUUGGAAUCGAAAUCUCAUGGGAUACAGCAGUUCGACUGCGGAACAGCGAUGGUUGAGGACCGAUACGAGUAUCAAACACAACGACCUCACCAAGCUGUCGCCCAUUGAGUUGUCAAGGGAUGUGGUCAACCCGGCUGAAGCCGCGAAGUUCUUCAAGGGAUUUCUGCAGCUCAGGCCGACACUUUCUUUCAUCCCUGGAGCGUUUCUGGCAAUCAAGGCCCUUAACCGAUUUCCCACGCUGAAUUCUCUGAAAGAGCAGGCGACUCAUCUCGAGAAUGAUCGCAAGGAACACGGUUACGAUCUUCCCGCCGUGGAUGCGAAUGGGAUUGGUGAAGUGGCCGCCUUUCGCAACGAAGACGACGAUGAAAACAACCCGAUGAUGCGCGGGUGGGUCUCGUUCAUGAAGGCGAUGGCUGAGGCCUACCCCGGACGAUGCGUCAGCAUCGAUGAUACGCUCAACUGGGGAGCCAGCACCCAAAUGACCUACGAGGACGGUGCGUCACAGAUCACCAUCCGCCCAACUGACGGAUGGGUGUAUGUCCCAGCGAUGAAUUCGGACAUAUACGAUCCUCAGGAAACGUUCCUUCACGGAACGAAUCUCCGAUACCUCUGGUCGAUCCUUGCGCACGGAGGCCUAUUCGGGGAAGAUUACGUGACGGACGAUCACGGAAGUCACGAACCCUGCGUCUGGGUGACUGGAAACGCCCCCGAGGCUGCUGGUAGCUAUGCGUCUGGCACAUACCUCGGCGGUGGCUACUGGUUCCAAGUGAUGAUCUGCGUCUCCCGAACUAUGGUGAACAGCCACAGUCGCACGACAAAGAAGAUGGGGGGAUCCCAGAAGCAGAUCCGCGUAGGAACUCGAUUUCUCGAGCUGUGCGGAAUCGCUUUCAGGCCCUUCCGCCUCUUGGAUGACCGCGAGCAAGGGGUUUCUACUUCCCCGAAGUACGUCGUCCACGGACACCGAUUCCUCACUGCCGAUGGGACGAAAGCCGUGGCCUGGCACCCGUGGAUGGAGGCGAGCCCGAUCGAUCCUCGCAUUCUGAAACUGCUGGGAGACAGUGUCGCGCGCGACAAUGUUGAGUUUGCCGACCUCACGACUCAAGGGGGCAACACUACCCAACAGGCUGCAUCUACCGAGACGGAGCAGCCUGUAGCGACCGCGGCCGAUGAUCAGGCUGCGGCGGGUGGUGGUGAGGCAACGGAGCGAAUCACCGUCAACCCGAUAGUGCUUCGACGCAAUCACUGGAUGCCCGACUCGUACGGGACGAGCGAGCAAGCCACUGUCGGUGGAAGGUAUGCAUUGCUAUCCGAGCUCCAGUCCUCUAGCUACCGAAUCGAGCUUGCUCCUUUCUUUCAGUAUCGUGCACCCAUCCUGGGUGAGGAAGGCAGCCAAGGUUUGCCAAAGCCUACAAAGCUCGAGACAAUUGCCGGAGGACCCUCCAAAGAGUGGGAGGUAUGGUGCAGGCACUACCGAAAGGCAUACGGUGCUCUGCUCGGCAACUUCGGCUACACGCCCGCCAAGAAUAUCAAGGGUAUCGUAUACGAUGAAGAAAAUACGACGGAUAUCAUUGGCGCGCCUAUUUGGAGCCCAGCCGAUGCCCUUGUGGCUGUCUCGAUUCACGGGAUCAGAACGGUCACGACCAUGGCAUCCACGAUUGCAUUUGGAGGUGCUCCACCAACGAUCAAGCCGGCAGUACCCAGCAAGCCGCAGAGAUUCGUUGUCAUGCACGAUGGCCUGCUAACCUUCAGAUCUGCCAAAUCCUGGCACGCUGGUGAGAUGAACACCCAUCUGAAGAACCGCUGGCAAGCGUUUGAUGAGGGCGAAAAGCUCAAGGAGAUGGUAGACACUCUCGAACUGAUGCGGAGUGAUCCAUCUGUCCCGCCAUCGAACAUUCACAUCCUCAUCCUCUGGAAAGGAGACGAGUUGUGGAAGAUGGACCAAGGCUGGAAUAAGCUGACUGGUGACAUCGAUAUGGCACGAUCACAAUACGCCAAAGUGACCGCCCGGGACGCCCUUGAGAAGUAUAACACGAUCUACGGAUCGGUGUCCCUUUGCGGACCAGUGUCACCGAGCAUGGGUUUCCUUCCGACUCUUCCUGGCCCUCUCUUCGAGAAAUACAGAGAGGAGAUGAGGUCGAUCUGGGACGAAAUCAGGAGGUCCAACUUCCUCUCCCUGUCGUUUGACACUAUCCUGGAAGGACUACCAUACCUGAAAGGAUAUCACAUCAUGCACGAGUCCAAAACGAUCGGGGUCCUGUGUACCCGUAUCUCUCCAGUUCCGGAAGAAAGGUCGACGGGCACGGUGAAGGCCAUUGUGCACUCCACAGUGCAGGACCUUAUCGAAGGGGCAGAUCGCGGCGCCGAUCAUCGAGCCGCAAAGACCGUUGACAUGAGUCAGCUUGGCUUCGAUGACGAAGAUGAAGAAGAGAUGGCUGACGAUGCAGGUCCGACUGCUCCUGAGAAUCCGAUCAAACAGGAACAGACGACUUUGGCUGAUCUGCCGGGCGUUCGUCAUCCGGAUCCGAUUGAGCUGCCCGCUACUCCUGUGCCUGGCCAGGCAAUGCCGGUGUCGCCCGGCCUUGCUCCGGCUGCUACGAACGAUGAAGAGUCUAGCGAUAGCUCCGAUGGCGACGGACAGCAAGGGGACGGCGAUACAGUGAUGCCUGAGGUCAAGGAGGAGGAAUCCGAUGAGGAAUUCAAUGAGCUUCUCGAAGGAAUGACUGAAGCAUUCGAGAAAUUGCCUACUCCCCGGGAUGCAGAGCGAACAGUCGCCGCCAAUCGGGACGCUGCACGACCGCCUGCCGUGCCGACGAUCCCUCUAUCUACGAUGAAGAAGCCAAAGCCGUUCAGUGGUGUGGAAGCCGCGGGACCUACUGCCGAGGGUCGCCAAGGCUAUGCGCACUUCGAGAGCCAAGUCAGUGAAACUGAGGCUCGACGUGAACAGGCUGCCAAGAUGAAGGCGCAUAUCGCGGAAGUGGCGAAGGGCGCCACGGGAGUUGAGAAUGCCGAACACCUUCGAUCCAUUGCCGAUGGGCUAGCCAGGGUCAUGGACCCGAACAUCAACGAUGACAAUGUGUUCCAGGGUGCCAUGUAUCCGCCGGGCGUAAGAUCUGGUGACUAUGCGCUUGACGCUGUCACGAACCGGCUGGCCCAGGGCCGACGCCGAGUUGAGUCGAACAGCAAUCUCAUCAGGGAGAUGGCCAGCGACCGAUUUACGCCUGUGCUCAUCAACCGAGAUACUGGUGAGACCGUGUCCGCCAUUGAUGCACGGUGGACCCCGGAGUAUGGAAACAGGGGGGAGCUCGAAGCCAAAGUUGGUGCGAUUAUCUCCAACCUGGAUGCAGUUGUUGCAAGCAUGUCGACCCUCCCUGUGUUCCAUCCUCACAUUCCCUCAACAUAUGGUAUGGCCCGAUCGCUUCUCAACACAUACCAGUCAUUGCAGAUUGCCAUCCGACACCGCGGCAUGGGUGCGAUGUCCUUUGAACAGAUGGUGUUCAAGCCGGAGGACCUUGAGGUUCCAACUCCCGAUGACUGGCCGGACCUCAUUGCGCCUACCCCUGGAAAAGUCAUUCAAUCCAUGCGGGUGGCCCUGGUGAAUAACACGGCGGCAAGGUUGACGAGAGAGGACCUCAAGCUGCCACCGGGCUUCGCCAUGCAACGACGAGUGACUGAGUUCCGUAAGCCGGAGGAAGAUCCAGUGCAGAGCCUGAUGGGGCUCACCGAUGACUUGAGCUACGGCACUACCGGUCGAUCUGGGGAUGACAGAUUGUCCCAGUUCCAGCGUUGUGUUGCAGUACAACUGCGGAACACUGCUGAAUUCAUUGCGAGUGAGUUCCAGAAGCAUGCCCGAUCUAUUGCCGCUUCUUCAUCGCGUCGCAGUGAUGCCUCAGGUGCCCUGAGUAGUCAGGGUGAAGGCGCGGCGGACAACGAUCUUCCGUCCACUGAACAGGUUAGUAUCGCAUCUGAGCGCGCGACUGCGCCGCCUCCGCCAAACGUGGCUCCUCCUCCUCCGCCUACUGCGGCAGCACCUCCGAGGGCGUCCGAAGAGAGUGCAAAGGAGGAUGACGAUGAUACCAAAAUGGGUGAUGAUACGGCCGAUCAGAAACCCGAGCAGAAACCCGAGGAGGACGCAGAUAUGGGUAGCGGGAAGGAGCUGCAAGACGAGGUCCCCGGCAAGGCCCCGCCGCCAGCUGCCCGAACCGCUGAGAACCCUCCGGAACACGGCGUGCGUUCCAGUCCUCCGAGUGACAUGGUUGCUCAGGGAGCCGCGCUCUCCGGUGCUCGAGGGCCGGAUAUCGACAUUGACCCGGCCAGCACCACAGCCGAUCAGGCGGCAAAUGAUCCGAGAAACUUCCGGAUCGAGGGCCCUGGUAUCAAGGCGACAACGAUUCAUCGCCCUGACCAGAUGCCCGAGAGGGGUGUAGACUCUAUUGCACCGAUUGUGCAGUAUGAAAUGACGUCCGUCCCGAUUGCACUGACUGACUUCGUCGUCCCGGGACUCGACAUGGGCAUCGAUGAUUCCGUCCAUGGUCGGCUGGUCUCCGCGACCUGUCUCCCACCGACUGACGAACAGCGCAAGUAUUCGAGGCGCCGAUUCGCUAUGCUGUCCUCGAAUCAGACGGAGGCAAAGUUCCGAUCCGUCGGCGGAACAUCCGUGUCAUGCAGCCGAUUGUUGAUCGACGACGCACAAAACAUCCCUGCUGCCAGGAUUCCGGACGCAGGAAUGAUCAACUUGGUGCGGAAACUGCUGUUCCGAGUGCUGACGCAAACGAAGGAGUAUCCUUCCGCUACUGCCGAGAGAACGCAGAAUCGCCCCCAGGAUCAAGAAAGGGGCAUUCCCUUGUAUUCACGCUUCGACCAGAGUGGCAUUAUCGCUUUCGAUGUCAUUCCGAUGUACACGGAGCGUGAGAGGGAAUACAUGAAGGCCAACGCCGGAGAGAACGAUGGCCGAAUUCUUCUCCAGACAAAUAUUCUGGAUGAGCAAGGCGAACCGACCGAGAUCACUACCCGAUGCAUUAUGGAGAUCGCUCGGACGGACAACAACCGAAUGUUUGAGUUCUUCUACUCGACGAUCGACAACGAUGGAAGUCCUCAAUUUGUUGGCAUUCGAGCCACCUACGGUUUCGGCCCUGAUAACUUCAACCGAUUCCGACUGCUGACCAAGUGCCAGCACGGGCCAUUUAUCCAGCUCGCUCAGGAUCAUUACGUCGCUGGCGAGAGGAAAAGAAAUGUGGCCCGAUACCACCCUCAGUAUGGAUGGGGAUGCGCAGCGAUUCGCGAAUUCUUCGGGUACAUGAGCGAUUGCAAGAUCAAUCCUCCGAAAGGACGGCUGUUCCUCACUCUGCUCCCGUAUGCUCCCGGAUCUGGGAACAACAAUGAUUGGGAAGAGUUGUACAUGAACGUCCGAAUGAACCCGGGGCGUGAGACGCUUUCGAACACCGCAUCAUCACAAUCCAUGCUCCCUGAAGGGAUGGGAUCCAACCGCAUGAUCGUGUUUGCGAUUGAUUUGCACAUGAUUGCGGCGGGAAUCAAUCCGAUUGUAUUCCACCUGAGGGGAUAUAAUGCGAUCAAAGACAGUAUCCCUCUCGCCUGUAUGCCCAUUGCAUACUUCAUGGACACGGGAUCCCUAGUGUUCAACACGGCCUUCAAAUAUGUUGGAGGUCCAAAGUUUGGCACUGGCCCCAAGAGAGGAGACCACAAACGAGAAACGUGGCCGCUCGCUAGUUUCGACUGCCCCAUGUGCGGAGCAUCCUUCCCGGUGGGUCUCCACAUGUGUCACUCUUGCACCAAACCGAUUCACUAUCCUGAUGGGAUGUUCUACGCCGAUCCUGUGAACCCAUUUCAGGUCGAGUACUAUGGGAGUCAUGCCGAAUGGCUCAACGAGCUCAGUGAGCGAAACGAGCUUAAAGAAUUCCGACUUCACGAGUACCCUGCAAUCAAGCAGCUGAGGAAUUUCCCGGUGUCUAGGUCACUCGCUGAGGACCACAGGCAAACCGCAUUCUUCGGGGUGCCACCGAUCAAAUGCACUGCAGCUGAUACAUCGCCGAAAGAAGUGGAAUUGUUCAAGAAGAGCGUGCGCGGAACGAUUCAAGGCGCCAUUCGAUUGGACAUAUCCAUUGAGAGGCUUGUUGCCGGUAUCACUGGUAAGGAAGCUCGGUGCGGUGUGGAAGAGUUCCUCAACUCACAAUCGAUCGCCUGUGCAAUCACGAUAGUCAAGCACUUCGGCGCGGUCUUCGCCACAUGCCGCGAAAAGCCGCUGUGCUACUAUGCACGAUGGUCGAUCCACUGUCAACGCGCAUACCGAGUCUGCCUGUCGCGCGGCUAUCUCUCCCCCUUUUACACAGGGGGGACGAUCGAUUAUACCGUCGACUCAGACAUGGUCGAGAAAAUUCGGCUUGCGCAUCUGCCAUUGCAGAACGCCAAUCUGGCGAUGAGAAGGCAAAUUCGACUUUCCACCGAGUUUGGAACGUUGGAUGAGUUCCGUGCCACUAUCACGGACACGCAAAAGUAUCAGCGAUACAUGCGUGUCGAUAGUGAAAGCCUUUCCGCGCUCCUUGCCAAGGUUACCCUCACAACGUGCUACGGCAUUCCGAUGAAAGGUGAACCUGGCUACAUCUCUGACGAUGAAGCAGAGGAGAUCGAAGGAACUGCAGCGGCAACUGAGAAGCCCAAAGGGAAAGACAAAGGGGAAGAAGAAGAACCCGAUGUCCAAGCCAUCAAUUGGCGUGAUUUGGACCCUUUGGGGCGGAAGUUCAUCCCGCACCAUACCGAUUCCCGAUUCACGAUUUUCGCUGAUGGGAAUACGGCACUCCUUGAUGCCCCCGAAACGCCUGAUGAGAAGCGUAAGGAAUUCAAGGAGUUCAUUCGCGAUCACUCUGUCAAGAUUAAGGAAUGUUUCGACGAUGAUCGCGCGACUGAGAAGACGUUCUUCAAUCUUGUUGAAGGUGUAAAGGAUCAGCUCCCCGAUACUAAGAGAACUGACCCUGUUCUUAUGAAAAAGAACGAAGAUGUCUUCGAGGCUCUACCCGAUGAACUAGAAGAGCCUCAAGAUCUGUUCGACGUCGCAGCUCAGCGGGCACGACGACGUGCUGAUACGCCUCAGCGCAGAGUGCAGGCCACUGAGCAACGGCACGCGUCGAUUCCCGAGGCUCAUGCCGUCCCCGUUCCUCCGGAUGACGAGGACGAGGAUGAUACUGAGCUCGAACGGGCGAUCCGACCCGACCCGAAGUCACAACGCACUGGGCGAGAGCAUCUCGGAGGUAUCGCUCCUGAGACGAAUCCGCCCCCGCCUCGCGAGAUGCCGCCUCCGUCUAACCCACCGAGUCGGAAGAUGUCGAGGCAAUCGGGCUACAAUGUUCCCCACGCUGAUGGGGAGACACUGAUGGUCUCAGGAAGGGCACCCUACUCCGAUCAAAUGGGUCUACCCUUGGUACUGCGAAUGAAGACCCGGGUUCCGGAGCCUGAUUUGGACAGCCCGACGAUUGAAGAUAUUAUUCGCAUGUAUCACGCACCGAACACGCUGCCUGUUGUCAGGAAGAAAGUCGCCAAUGUCAUCAUUUCGAUGAAUGCAAAUCCCGAUGACCCUAUCAAUAUGAAGGCGGCUGGCGUGGUUCCUCCCUCUGCCGAGGAAACAGGAGCGGGAAGAGCUGCCUCGCCUGGAGGCACGUCCGCUACUACGCAGGAACGGAUUAACCCCAAGUUCCCUGCACCAAAUACUCGCACUGCUUCGAACCCACCUUCGAAAUCAGCCCGCGACGAGAAAUGGGCUCCUUCGAUUGUGCGGCCAACCCCUGGUCGGGUGAUUACUAGUGCAGAGGCGCGAGGGCGUACACAACAGCCCACGAUCUCGCACGAUGGGCCCGGCCAAAGAAACAACGGCCAAAGGCAAAUCCCGAACUGGCUCAAACGUGACAGGCCUCAUCGAUGA